UUUUGGAUUUUUUAGGUUUUCUCUUGUUUAAAUUACCAUAUUAUUACACAUUUAAACAAUAAAAGAGUAAAAAAAGUAGACCUAUUAAUGUAAUUUUACACAAUUCACAAACUCGGCUAGGUUAAUAAAACCCAACUAGGUCACACGGAUUGCUCAAACCCACCGGGUUGCACUAGUUUUGACCGGGGUAUGUACUGUUCUGAUCCAAUUGAUCACCCAGCCCAGUCUAUGUGCUGGGUCACCGGUCUGAUUGGCUGGGUCAGGCCGGGUUUAAUAACACUCAUACAUGUGUUUGUAGACCAUCUCAUAAGAUACUUUACCAACCCCACAGUGGACCCCACUCCCUCUUCAUUUAAAUAUUGAAGGUUUUCCAAGUAAGGAAAGUUGUUUGUAAUAUUCAAAAAAUUAGUUUCAUGUGUUUGGAGACCAUCUCAUAAGAUACUUUUUCCAACCCCAAUGGUCCUCUUUUCCCUCUUCAUUUAAAUAAGGAAGGUAUUUCCAAGUAAGGAAAGUUAUUUGUAAUCCUCACAAAAUCAGUUUCAUGUGUUGCAGACCUUCAGAAUUGGGUGUGAAUGCUGCUUGAUUGACAAGAAACCUGACUUGGUGCUUCUAUAUCACAAUCUCAUGGCAAAAAAUGUUCUCAGUGCCUGGGCUUUCCUGUCAAGUACCUGAAUAUAGUAACGUCGAAACAAAUCUAUAUAUACUAACAUCAAAAUAAACCAACGUAAUUCUCAAUGGCUAGGCUCAUAAUAAGAUAACUAUUUUCUUUAAGGGAUUUCUCAAGUUUGGUUGCUUAGGAGUAUGGAGCAUUAGGUGCUGUGUAUGGACUGUAGUAAUGUCUGUGUUUUGGGUCUAAAAUGAUGUCAGCCACAUCAGUCGAGUCUUUCUAUAGUAAUAACUAUUUUAUGUUCUAAUUUAUGAACUUUUUGUCUUUCCAAAAACCUGAUGCAUUAAAGAAUUUCCCAAGUCGGGCUUGCUCAGGAGCAUUAAAUUAGUGUGUAUGAACUGUUGUCACGGUUGUGUUUUGGGUCCUAGUGUGAGUUGGGCUACAUUGGUACCGUCUUCCUACAAUAAUAACUAAUUUAAAUUAUAAUUUAUGCACCAUUUAUCUUUCUAAAAACAUUCAGACUAUUCAAAUGAAGUGACAUUAAAUUGGAAUUACUCAACUCUUUAGAUAUCUUUGGUAGUCUUAUCCUGGAAUUAACUCCCUUUUCUGUUCAAAUUACUCUUAGUCAAAUGUACUUUUAGUACUCCGAUUAAGAACUUAUGUUACGAUAUUUGAAAUUUACAUUAUUUGUCCUCAAAAAUGAUAAGAUUUUCUUGAGAAUCACAAAGGUUCUAUAUGGAAAGAAAUGGGGACCACCUGUCAGAAAAUUGAAUAGAUUUGAGAGUUGGUUUCGGCAUUAAAGCCCUAUAAAACGCGGUGUCUCUCCAAGGUAUUUCUCAAGCUUCUAUACUUAUCCAAAAAAAAUUAAGUAUUUUGCAAGCUUCUCAUAGUUCUAUUAAGUGCAGGAAGAGAGCAUGGGGCACAAAAAGACUCAAACAAAGAUGAUUCAAGGAGAAGAUGAAAAGCGAAUGUUGUUGUCAAAACAACGAUCUGGCCUCUUCAAGAAGGCCAGUGAACUUUGUACCCUGUGUGCCAUUGAGACAGCCUUUGUCAUCUUUUCCCCUGAUGGCAAGGCCUUCUCCUACAGUAUCCCCUCUGCUGAUGUUGCAGCGAACAGGCUUGGCCAGCCUGAUGCUUGUACAAUUCAGGAAGCAGAGGCUCACCAUGAGAGAGUUCUAUGCGAGCUGCGCAAGAAGUAUUCUGAUCUGGCUUCUCAACUGGACACUGAAAAGAAGCGGGGGGAGAAACUGAAGCAGAUUAUGAAUGAAACCUCAGGGUGCUCCAGCUGGUUCAGUACUCCGUCUAGUGAACUCAGCUAUGAGGAGCUGCUGAUUCGGCAGGCAGCAAUGGAGGAUCUUAAGGGGAAGCUAACCAAGGGAAUAGAGGAGAGGCUUGCCCAGACUUCUGCUUCAUCUGCAGCCAUCAACACUGCUGGAGCUACUGAUCCCCUGGGUACUGAUGCAUCUGGGGGUAAUUCUUCUCUUGAUCCUCACGGCCGUAUUGUAGGCCAUUAAUCAUGGUGAUUCUGAAUAAGGUGAUGGAAGAGAGUUUGACUGGACUGUUUUUUUGUUUUAGGCUUUUUCAUAUUUAUUUAAUAUCGUCAAGUCACUCUCUUUCUGUCUCAGAUGCUUUUUGCUUUGACAGCUGGAUACUCUGUAUUCAAAUUCUGUUUUAAGUUAUAAUCUUGUUUUUGUUGAAGAAUAUGUUGUGAGAAAAAUAGAUGCUAGUUAUGGAGGCAUUAGGCAAUGACAUCAUGCUAUGUUAGCAUUUUUAACUGGACUUUGCUUUUUCUUUCCCUUUGGUUUGUUCCUUUUGUGCUUCUCAAGUGGUUAGUAAGAUCUCUUGAGAUUGGACCACUCUUGUCAAGGAGGUCAUAUCUUAUGUGAUUGUCCCAUAAGAUAUUAUUCCCUUAUCAAGGCACCUAAGUACUCUAUUUGAGGCUUUAUAUGGUUCUCAUUUCUAUUGAAAGGAAAGAUGGGUGUAAGACCCUAUUAGGUACUGUGAUGAAAUUAUUAUGUUCAGGAAUCAAGUAAAAUUGCUGAAUGAAGGUUAGUAAUAUAGUUUCUAGGUUGUGUGA